GCCCCUUCUUUCCCGAUCCCCGGCUGUUAGUGCUGUGUGAGUGCGCGUGUGCUCCGGAGCUCGCCUCGGCACACAUUAUAUAAAAAAUUAAAAAAAUACAAAAAAAAUUAAAAACUUUUAAAAACUCCAAAAAAUCAUUUUCUUUCAUCACCCCCCUUUUUUUCAUUAAACAUCGGUGAAGUGGGAGCCGAAGGCCUUGAAACAUCUUCAACAACCCCGUGUCGUUAUAACGUUAGCGGUUUGCUUCAUUCGUUGGUUAGGAUUUUUCGCAUUUUAAAUUUCACUUGCUCUAAAUAUUCGUCAAUUUUAAUCGGCGUGUUGAGGUUAGUUUGACAGUUAAGUUACCGUUAGCUAUAUCUGACGUAGUUGAGCUCACGCGCUAGCGCCGCGAAACACAUUACAGUUCUGCGAGUUGACAGCUGCGAGGGAAGAGAAGAUGAACCCCAGCGCUCCCAGUUACCCCAUGGCCUCGCUGUAUGUGGGAGACCUGCACCAGGACGUGACUGAAGCCAUGCUCUACGAGAAGUUUAGCCCGGCCGGUGCCAUCCUCUCCAUCCGGGUGUGCAGGGACAUGAUCACGCGCCGCUCGCUGGGCUAUGCCUACGUCAACUUCCAGCAGCCUGCAGAUGCUGAACGCGCUCUAGACACUAUGAACUUUGACGUGAUCAAGGGUAGACCUGUGCGCAUCAUGUGGUCUCAGCGCGACCCCUCGCUGAGGAAGAGCGGCGUUGGAAACAUCUUCAUCAAGAACCUGGAUAAGUCUAUUGAUAAUAAAGCGCUUUAUGACACCUUUUCUGCAUUUGGCAACAUCCUGUCCUGCAAGGUGGUUUGUGACGAGAAUGGCUCAAAGGGCUAUGGCUUUGUGCACUUUGAGACCCAGGAGGCCGCUGAAAGAGCCAUUGAGAAAAUGAACGGCAUGUUGCUGAAUGACAGAAAAGUGUUUGUAGGGCGCUUCAAAUCUCGCAAGGAGAGGGAGGCUGAGCUCGGGGCAAGAGCCAAAGAAUUCACCAAUGUGUACAUCAAAAACUUUGGGGAAGACAUGGAUGAUGACAAACUCAAGGACAUCUUCAGCAAAUAUGGUUCUGCCAUGAGCAUCCGUGUCAUGACUGAUGAAAAUGGAAAGUCCAGAGGCUUUGGAUUCGUGAGUUUUGAGAGGCACGAAGACGCCCAAAGGGCUGUGGAUGAGAUGAACGGCAAAGAACUGAACGGGAAGCUCAUUUAUGUGGGUCGUGCUCAGAAGAAAGUGGAGCGGCAAACUGAGCUCAAGCGCAAAUUUGAACAGAUGAAGCAGGACCGCAUGACUCGUUACCAGGGUGUCAAUCUUUACGUGAAGAACUUGGAUGAUGGUAUUGAUGACGAGCGUCUUCGUAAAGAGUUCUCCCCCUUCGGUACAAUCACCAGUGCCAAGGUCAUGAUGGACGGCGGUCGCAGUAAAGGCUUCGGGUUUGUCUGUUUCUCUUCCCCUGAGGAAGCCACUAAAGCCGUGACUGAGAUGAACGGCCGUAUUGUGGCCACUAAGCCUCUGUAUGUGGCUCUUGCUCAGCGCAAAGAGGAACGGCAGGCCCAUCUCACCAACCAGUACAUGCAGAGGAUGGCCAGUGUCCGCGCAGUGCCAAACCCCGUGAUCAACCCCUACCAGCCUGCACCUCCAUCAGGAUACUUCAUGGCUGCCAUUCCACAGGCCCAGAACAGAGCUGCGUAUUACCCUGCCAGUCAGCUCACCCAGCUCAGACCCAGUCCCCGCUGGACCACACAGGGCGUCCGGCCUCAGCACUUCCAGAACAUGCCGGGCACAAUGCGGCCGUCUGCCCCCAGACCGCAGUCCUUCAACACCAUGCGUCCUGCGUCUCAGGUGCCUCGCAUGAUGUCCACACAGCGCGUUGCUGCUCAGACGAUGGGUCCACGGCCCAGCGGUGCAGCGGCUGCAGCUUCAGCUCCUCCGGUGCGAGGCGUCCCGCAGUACAAAUACACCCCCAGUGUCCGCAGCCCCCAGCAGCACAUCAACACACAGCCUCAGGUGACCAUGCAGCAGCCUGCUGUGCACGUGCAAGGACAGGAGCCGCUCACGGCCUCCAUGCUCGCCGCUGCCCCGCCACAGGAACAGAAGCAGAUGCUGGGUGAGCGUCUCUUCCCACUUAUCCAGAACAUGCAUCCCAGCCUGGCUGGCAAGAUCACCGGUAUGCUGCUGGAAAUCGACAACUCGGAGCUCCUCCACAUGCUGGAGUCUCCAGAGUCUCUGCGCUCCAAGGUCGAUGAGGCGGUGGCCGUACUCCAGGCUCACCAGGCUAAAGAAGCCGCUCAGAAGACCGUGACCAACUCUGCUGGCGUGCCAAGCGUCUAAACCAAGCACUCUGGCGCCAUUAUGGAGAGUAUCACGAUGCAUGCCUUGAACAAAGGUCUUACGUGUUUGGAACGACAUGAGGGUGAGUAAUCAAUGACAGAAUUUUUAUUUUUGGGUGAACUGUCCCUUUAAGGUUUGGAUUCUGAAGGUUGUUCUAUGGGUUUGCUUAGUAGAUGCAUUCAGUCACUGGUUUUCUCCGUAAAUCUGAGGCCAACAGCGCAUGUCUGUAUCCGCCUGCCCACAACUGCUUGCUCAUGCUUGAGUGCUUGUGCCCUUAACGACUCUCCCAGGGCCAGCCAUUACAAUCACUCACUGAUUUCCCUCCCAGCCAGUUGAGCAUAACAUGUUGUCUCAACAGCUGUUCUGUGAAACGCCUCGGGCAUCUGAACGCUCUAGUCUCUCAGCUCAGAGUGAGGUGCAAGCGGCACAAAGGUCAUGGGUUUGUUCCACAGGAAACACUGAUAUAAUCUGAGCACCGAAUGCACUGAACAUCCUUAGAAGCAUUGAGCAAAAUUACAGUAGGGCUGUACUUAAACCCAGACAUCACAGGAAAUGAAAAAGUGUGCUUAAUUGUAUUGUAGGUGCAUUUAUUGUGUAUUGUAUUUUAGAUCGUAAAGUUUAUAAAGUGCAUAAAAAACAGUACAUGCAGAGAAUACAUUUUAAUAAAAGGCCACUUAAGUGUAGGCCUACUAAAGUGA